AUGACAUGUUCCCGUGUGCAUACAUCAGGCUUUAUAAAAUGUCCCAUAACUCACUCCGUGUUCCUGUCCUUGACUUGUGCUUUCCCUGUUUGUGUCUCGUCAUUUCAGAAACAGCUGGAAACUGGGAGGCAGAAGAUUGUGGCUGACUUUCAGCAACUGCGCCAGUUUCUGGAGGAACAAGAGCGACUCCUGCUGGCCCAGCUGGAAGAGCUGAAUAAGGAAAUUGAAAAGGGGAGGGCUGACUAUGCUGCCAAACUAUCUGAGGAAAUAUCUUCUUUCAGUUCCCUGAUCAAUGAGAUGGAGCAGAAGUGCCAGCUGCCAGCAUGUGAAUUCCUGCAGGACAUCAAAGGCACCUUGAGCAGAUGCGAGAGGGAGAAGUUUCAGAACCCAGUGGCCUUUUCUUCAGACCUGAAAUGGAGAAUCUGGGCAUCUUCUCAAAGAAAUGCAUCUCUGGAGACCAUAAUGAAGAAAUUCAAAGACUCACUGUCAUCUAAACCUCAGUGGGACAAAGGUAAAUUUCUGGGAUCAAAGGGGGAGUGAAAACUUUCAUAUGAAUUAUGGUGGCUCAUUGGCAGCACCAUAGUUCAGGUUUUGUUUCAAGUUUGCAUUUGACAGGA